GUAUCGAUAAAAAAAACUAGCUGCACGUCGUCGUCGAUAGACCAACUUUUUAAACAAACAAUUUUUUACAGCGAAUUGACCCCUUUUUAGCUUAAUUUUUAAAUUAUACAUGCUUCGAAAAAGCUUCUAAAUUUCCUCCUACAAUUUCUGCUAGGACCGUCAAAAAACACCUAAAUCCAGAGUCCUGUUAAACGCCUUUAAUGUUAGUUGGGUUAACAUUGUUUAUCGCUGUUUAAGCAGAUGUCAGAUGUUUUUAAUUUUUUAAAUAGAGAAUUUGUGCUUAUUUAUAAAAGCUUUCUCCAAACGCAUCUGGCAAGAUGAAGGCAAAAGAGGCAAAUAACAAAAAGAAGCCGGAAAGGAAAAUAAAUGCUGCGAGCUAUCCGGCCAAAAGGAUUCCCAGCAAUGCCCUAAAACGCACUCUCGAGAUCGCAACCAAUCCCAUUGACAGUUUCUGGCUGAACAAGAACACAUCGUGCGUUCGACCUAUUAACUACGAGCUAUACUACGGCAAAAACCGCUCGCCCACCAAUGAGAAGCUGCGUCUGGCCAGGAAUUGCCUCAUGCAGCGUGACUACAAGAACCUGGCCAAGCUGCUGGCCUCCAACCUUGCCGGGGACACUGUUCUGCAGAGGGAUUCGUACGCUGUAUUCGCGGAAUAUGCAGAGAUACUCAAAAAGUUCACAAAACUGAAACCGAAAAAUAUUGACAAGGCUACUGAGACACCUCCUGAGGCAGCAGAACCCCUAAAUCUUAACCCAGACUCAUUAGAUAUUUUAAUUCAAUCCAUGUAAUACCACAAUUAAAAUAAGCUCUUGUAUUUUUGGUAAAAACACAACCAUAUAUAUGUGUAUAUUUAUUAAGCGUUAUGUUCUUCCUUUUAUUUUUGACUUAAAUAUAAUAUCAAUAAGUUUUAAGGUUUUGCUAAAUAAAUACUGAAACGUGUGUACAAAAUAUGUGUGUGUGUUUGAAAAGAAAAA